AUGCAGUUGACUGUUGAAUUUCUUAUAUUACUAUUAUUGUUUGAAAUAGUGGUUAGUGAAGCAACCUGUCUUAAUGGUAAUUGUACAAUAAAUUCCGAAGAAAGUGAGACAAAAGUGCUUUCAAGACGAAAGAGGUAUUUGAUAUUUCCAGAUGGCAGUUCAUUCCAAUUGGUUCUCUGCGUACAAACAUCAGCAAUAAUACCUAUAGGUGAUAUAUUUUUAUAUGGCAACACAGCGGCAUUAGCCUGGUCUCUGCCCACAGACCCACAAUUUAUAUAUAUGUUGAAGAAAUUCGACAAAGAAGCAUUACGGAGAGGAGAUGUGGCUAAUAGCGUAAAUUAUCUAGAUGAGAAUGGACAUGUUGUUGGGAAGGUGCCGUAUAAGAGAAAACAAAUAAUAUACCCGGCGUUCGCUAAGCGCAGCGUCGACGAACAAAUUACAUACAAGGAAAAACUGAAAAUCAAAAUAGACCGGAUGAGAAUGCACGGAAAAGAAUUCGGCAGAGAUUAUUUGAAAAAGAACCAUUUGGACGCAAACACCGUCGACUUCCACAGGAACAGUCGGGUGGAAUUGUAUGAGAAAUUAGAAGCUCUAUUUACGGCACUAGGCCAAGAUGGCCGACAAUGCGUGCUCUACAAACUAUGCGAGGCGGCGCAGACCGCGGAGCAAGGCACAUUCCUGCAGGAAUUCCUGAGAGUCAUCUUCACAUUACCCAAAGGAAAGCAGUUCAUGUUUGACGAACACAGAGACUACGAUCAAGCCCAUUUGCCGGCAGAAGACUGCGCGGCCUUGUACCCGGAAUGUGAUAAUUUUGAAUUGAGAAUAUAA